ACAUGACCAUGGUUCACUAAAACAACAUGGCUGCCGAGGACCUGCCGUCUGAAUUUGAUGUCGUCAUUUUGGGCACAGGUCUUUCUGAGUCGGUUGUCGCAGCAGCCUGUUCGAGAGUGGGCCAGAGAGUCCUUCACCUGGACAGGAGAAGUUAUUACGCCGCCAACUGGGCCAGCUUCACGUUUAACGGGCUGCUCACCUGGAUCCAGGAGCAGCAGGAGGAGCCUCAGCAAGAGGACGUCAGGGAUUGGUCCAGCUUGUUAGAGGAAGGGGAGGAGCUAAUACAUCUGUCAGAUUCAGACUCCUCCUCCAUCACAAAUGUUCAGGUGUUCUGCUACUGCAGUGAGGAAGACGAGGAGGAAGCUGCAGCUGCUGAGGCUUUAAACACCACAGAAGAAGAAAAAGCAGCUGAUGAUGAUGCUGUUAAAGAAUCCUCAGAAACAGAAUCUGCAGAUUCAAAGGAUGAAGAGUCAGCAGGUGCAGAGGGAGAGGAGCAGGCCACCCAGGACCAGGGGGAGGAGCCAGAGGCAGACCGGCCACAUACCUCUGGUGCUCUGAGCCAAUCAGAGCCGACCAAGAAGAGAGUCAGCUACGCCCAGCUGCUGAAGGAAGGCCGCAGGUUCAACAUCGACCUGGUCUCCAAGCUCAUAUUCUCUCACGGCUCAUUGGUCGACCUGCUCAUCAAAUCAAACGUCAGCCGCUACGCCGAGUUCAAGAACGUGACCAGAAUACUUACCUAUCGCCAUGGAAACGUAGAGCAGGUGCCUUGCAGCAGAGCGGACGUGUUUGCGAGUCGUCAGCUGUCGGUGGUCGAGAAGAGGAAGUUGAUGCGUUUCCUGACUUCCUGUAUGGAGGAGACAGAGGAACAGCAAGCCUACAACAGUCGACCGUAUUUGGACUUCCUGCAGGACCAGCAGCUUGGGGACAAUUUACAGCACUUCCUGUUGCACUCCAUCGCUAUGGUAACAGAGGACACACCCACAUUGGAGGGGCUGGCCUCCACGCGCCAUUUCCUGCGCUGCCUGGGUCGCUAUGGCAACACACCUUUCCUGUUUCCUGUGUACGGCCUGGGAGAGAUUCCUCAGUGUUUCUGCAGGAUGUGUGCUGUGUUUGGAGGGGUCUACUGCCUUAGACACUCCGUCCACUGUCUCAUCGUGGACAGAGACACCAACAGGUGUAAGGCUGUGAUUGACAGCCGAGGACAGCGAAUCAACUGCAGCCAUUUUGUGGUGGAGGACGGCUCCAUGGCUUCAGACAGGAAGAUGGCCACGCCCCCCAGGUGUUUGAGUCGAGCCGUGCUCAUCACAGACUCCUCGGUUCUGCCCGGACCAUCGGACCAGCAGGUUUCCAUGGUAACCGUCCCUCCAGCGUCACCUGGUGGUCCCACGGUGAAGAUGGUGGAGCUGUGCUCAUCCACCAUGACCUGCGCCCCUGGGACCUAUCUGGUUCACCUCACCUGUCAGUCAGUUGGCUCCGCCCACCAGGACCUGUCACCAGUGGUAACCAGGAUGUUCCACACAACGGAGUCCGAGGAGCAAGAUGGCCGUCCAUUUGUCCUCUGGUGUCUCUACUUCAACAUGGCCGACGGCUCGACACCGGAGGCCCAAGGUGACCAGCUACCAGGCAACGUGCACUUGUGUUCUGGUCCAGAUGUUAGUCUGGGUCAUGAACACUCCAUCCAACAGGCCCGGUCCAUCUUCCAGAAGAUUCUUCCAGGCGAGGAGUUCUGUCCUCCUGCUCCGGACCCCGAGGACAUCAUCUACGACGGAGACAACACGUCCCCCUCCGCAAGACACCAGGAAGGGGAGGAGCAACAGGAAGCAGUGGAGUGACCUUUGACCUCCAGCCAAACACUUCAAGAUGCCUUUGUGUCAUUAAAUGAAUAAACAUGUGACCUGC